AUGAGUAUCACCACCGAAACCACGUAUUCCGUCGCAGGCAAACAGCUCAAACUCACCACUGCUGCUGACAUUGAGCCUUAUGUUUCUGAGUUGUCCUCAAAGCUGGGAAUAACCAAAAUUGACUUCAGUGGAAACACUAUUGGUAUCGAGGCCUCCAAACGGUUAGGAGAGGCUAUCGCUCAACACAAGGAUAGCCUCAUUGAAAUCAACUUCUCUGACUUGUACACAGGCAGAUUAAAUACUGAGAUUCCUCAAUCAUUGAACUACUUGUUACCUGCUCUAUUGGAAUGCCCUAAAUUGACCACUGUGAACUUGAGUGAUAAUGCUUUCGGUUUGCAGACCAUUGAUCCAAUCGAGGAUUAUCUCUCCAAAGCUGUGAGUGUUGAACAUUUGAUUUUAUCAAACAAUGGAAUGGGACCAUUCGCUGGCGCUCGUAUCGGUAAGAGUUUGUACAAGUUGUCCAAGGCUAAGAAGGUUAGUGGAUACAAUUCCUUAAAGACAUUCGUUUGCGGUAGAAAUAGAUUGGAGAAUGGUUCCAUCAACUAUUUGGCUAUCGGGUUGAGAAGUCACAAAGAUUUGGCUACGGUAAGAUUGUACCAGAACGGUAUUAGACCAGCGGGUGCAGAGAAGCUAAUCACCCUGGGCUUGGUGCGUAACAAGCAAUUACAGGUACUCGAUUUGCAAGACAAUACUCUCACUACCAGAGCUGCCUCUGCUUUGGCAAAAGCCUUGCCAGAAUGGAGUAACUUGCUAGAAUUAAACUUAAAUGAUUGCUUGUUGAAGCCAAAAGGAUGCUUGGUUUUGACUUCUGCUUUAAGUGAUGCUCAAGCAAGCAAAACACUUUCGAUUUUGAAGUUGCAAUACAAUGAAUUAGAACCCGACUCUCUUAAGAAGUUGGCCCAAGCAGCUGAAACAUCUUUGCUCAACUUGAAAUCUUUGGAGUUAAACGGUAAUAGAUUUGAUGGUGAGCUGGAGGACCUCGAGGCCAUCGUUAGUGCUAUUGCAAAGAAUGCUUCUGGCGAAGUGGAUGAAUUGGAUGACUUGGAUAGUGACGAGGAAGAGGUGUCGGAUGAGGAAGACAAUGAAGACACUUUCGAUGAUAUCGACGCCAAUUUGAGCGAUUUGGAAGCCGAUUUAGCUUCUGCAAGUUCAAGUGAUGUCGACGAGCUCACCGAGAAGCUUGGUAGCACUCACAUUCAGAGCUAA